CAAAAUUAAAUGUCUAGGUUGUUUCUGUAAUGAUUGUUUGCCGUGUAUGCCUUUUAGCUUUUUAGCUGCUGAUUCUGACAUGUUACCAAUGAAUUUAUUAACUAAUAAUAUUAAUAACAAUUUUUGUCCAGGCGGAGGUCCACCAAUUGCUUCAUGUUCAACCACAGGUUUCUGUGCUCCACCUAUGCAAUGUUUACAACCAGGAAUAUGCUGUGUAAUGCCGCAAGUGUUGUCACCCCCUUCUCCUCUACAACAGAAUUAUGCAUGCCCUGGAGGUUUACCAGUUCUCGGACAAUGUAUUGCUGGACGUUGUAUGUCUCCGGCUGUUUGUUCAACACCAGCAAAUGUUUGUUGUGCACAGGCAACAGCGAUUCCUGCUACAGCAGGCGCAUGCGUUAACGGCCAAUGCGGUGCAGGGUUUACAUGUAAUCAAGGACUUUGUUGUUCAAAUUCUUCACAAACACCUAGAUGUUUAGACGGAAGUCAAUCGAUCGGUGCUUGUAUUCAAGGAAGAUGUGGAACAGGAUAUACAUGCACAACAGGAAAUAUCUGUUGCCCUUCUCAAUUAAAUCGUUCAGUCUUUUUAGUUUUUAAUUUUUUUGAAAAAUUUAUUUAA